AUGACUGAGUUUCGAAUGCCCCCCCACCAGGGACCUCCUGUCCGGAAGCCCAUCGGCGGUGCCCAGCAUGCAUACGGAUAUCAACAUUACGAUGCCCCUCGAGGGCAACUGGCCCCUCAUCUGGCCGGCCCCCAAACUACUCACAGUCGGACUCGCACAACAUCCUCCAGCGUUUUCCCCUCCCAAGGUUCUCAGCAGUACUACGGCGCUCCCCCACCGCCCCCCAUCCCGCAAACAAUGACCCUCCCUCACCACCCCCCUUCUCGACGCAUGUCCAGCACUACGACUUCAACCUCCUCCACCAGCAACCACCCAAUGGCACACGCGGGGCAAGGAGUGUCCGACAUCCGACGGACUGCCUCAUCCCGCUCCGCCAACUCCCAACUUGGUUACGUAGCCCUGAUGCGCCGGCAAAAAGCUACUGUUUGGUGUGACCGUGCUCAACCCGAAGACGCUAGGAUGCGCGAGCAAGCCAUGCGGGCCAAGAAGCGAGCCUAUUUGGAAGUUCAUGGAUCAGGCGCACGGUCUGGAACUCUCAAUAGUGGAAAGAUUCGACAUGGCCCCAAGGGUGUGGCUGAAUUCUCGCCUUCAAACCUUGUCGGUGCGAAGGUCCCGGUGCGGUUGAGUGCGAACGAGGUCGGCGACGGUGACGAUGACGCUCUUAGCACUGAUGGUGGCGCAAUGCACCGGCGGACCGGCAGCGGGCGCAGCUCCCUGGGGAGUGCUCACCGUUACCCGAGUGGAUAUUCGAGACCCCAGGGCACCAUGGGCAGCAACAGUACCCCACCAAACGAGAAAACCGAUCUACCAGAGGUGUCUGAAAAUACAACGGCAGAGAUCCAGGAAGAAGAGAAGAGCCGGUUGUCAUCUCUCAUCAAGGAUGACACUGCAACAACGCACAGCAGCGAACAAGAGCAGGAAGAUGCGCUGGGUGACAUGCAGGCACCAAGCGCUGCUGCCGCCGCCGCCGAGAAGGCUAAGAAGGCUGCCGAUCUGCGACGACGAGGAAGUGUGGACGAACGAACGACGUCCAUGACCAACGUUCGGCUCUUUGUUGCAAACCCUGACUCCGACAGCGAUUAA